CAUGACUCACUCCCCCUGCUAACCUUUCAUUCAUUCAGCAGAGAGAAAGGGAAGGAGUGAGGGAGGGUUUGUGUAGCGGCUCUCCACUGGAGGGCGAGAGGUAACAGGAGUGGGCAGCAUUAUCAGGAGGCAGGGACACACAGAGAGAGAGAGAGAGAGAGGAGAGGAGAGGAGAGGAGAGGACAGGACAGCAGCUGGACAAAAUCCGGCCCAGGGAUCUGACAAGCGCCGGAUUUACAGCAGCAGCUCCUUAAAUCAGCUGUUCACGAAAAGAGAUGUUGUUGUCCCAAUGAAACACUAUAUGCAGCACUGAACAUCCUCACCUGCUGUCCCUGGUCAUCUAGCUGUCCCUGACACAACUCUAACAUCUGUCUGAUCUGUGAGCAGCCAUGACGAAGUCAUAUGAAUUCAACUGGCAGAAGCACGUCCCUGAUUUCCUGCAGGAAGGUGCCGUGUUCGACAGAUUCGAUGAGGAUCCUUUUGUCUUUGAAUCCGGCUGCCUUUUCAAAGUUGACGAAUUUGGAUUCUUUCUCACGUGGAAAAGUGACGGCAAGGAGGGCCAAGUCCUAGAAUGUUCCCUCAUAAACAGUGUCCGCGUUGGAGCAGUGCCAAAGGACCCGAAGAUCGCCGCAUCUCUGGAGGCAGCGGGGAGGAGCGAGGCCGAUCUGGAAGGUUGCGUCAUCUGUGUGUGCAGUGGCCCCGACCUGGUCAACCUCAGCUUCAUGUACAUGGUGGCUGACAGCGCUGACACCGCCAAGAAAUGGAUGGACGGGCUGAAAUCAGUCAUUCACAACUUCAAGGCAAACAACGUGUGUCCAAUGACUUGCCUUAAGAAGCAUUGGAUGAGACUGAGCUUUCUGACCAAUGUCAAUGGGAAAAUCCCAGUCCGAGGCAUCACAAGGACUUUCGGCUCGGGCAAAACUGAGAAAGGAAUAUUCCAGGCCUUGAAGGAGCUCGGCCUCCCCAGUGGGAAGAAUGACGAAAUUGACCAUUCUGUAUUCACCUUUGACAUCUUCUAUGCGCUCACUCAGAAAAUAUGCCCGCGCACAGAUAUUGAGGAGCUCUUCAAAAAGAUCAAUGGGGACAAAAGUGAUUAUUUAACAGUAGACCAGUUAGUCAGCUUUCUGAAUGAAAACCAGCGGGACCCUCGGCUGAACGAGAUCCUCUUCCCCUUCUACGACCCUAAACGUGUCAUGCAAAUCAUCGAGAAGUACGAGAGAGAUGAGGACCUUAAGAAGAAAGGCCGUAUGUCCAGCGAUGGUUUCUGCCGGUACCUGAUGUCAGAUGAGAACGCUCCUGUGUUUCUGGACCGCCUGGACCUGUGUCAGGACAUGGACCAGCCACUAGCACACUACUUUAUCAGCUCCUCACACAACACAUACCUGACAGGCAGACAGUUUGGGGGCAAAUCGUCUGUGGAAAUGUACCGACAGGUUCUGCUUUCUGGAUGCAGGUGUGUGGAGCUAGACUGCUGGGACGGAAAAGGAGAGGAUCAAGAACCCAUUAUUACCCACGGGAAGGCCAUGUGUACUGACAUUCUGUUCAAAGAUGUAAUUCUGGCUAUUAAAGAGACAGCUUUUGUGACAUCGGACUAUCCUGUUAUUCUUUCAUUCGAAAACCACUGCAGUAAAACUCAGCAGUAUAAGAUGGCAAAGUACUGUGAGGAUAUCUUCGGAGACCUGUUACUCAAACAGCCACUGGAGGGCUUCCCAGUACGUGAUCUUCCGAAUCAGCACUCACACACGAUCUAUCAAAGACCUAGAGUGUGUGCCAUGAUUGAGUCUGGGCGCUCCCUACCUUCUCCAAACGACCUCAAAAGAAAAAUCCUCAUAAAAAACAAGCGCUUAAAGCCAGAAGUGGAACAGAAGCAACUGGAGUCGUUUAAGAGACACAUGGAGGCGGGAGAGAUGAGUGUACAGGCAGGAGAGGAUGAAAAUGAAGAAGACAUAGAGAACGCAGACGGUAAAGACAUCAACUCAGAGACAAAAACCCGCAACAUCUCCUCAGAAGAGCCCAGUGAACAAGACACGCAUGAAAACAGUGUCAAGAAGGACAAGCUUCCUGAUGAUGAGACCACAGAGGCUUCAGAGGCAACAGAAGCAGAUGCAACUGAUGUGUCAGAGGCUUCGGAUCUUGAUAACAAGAAGAAGGGUGUGGAUACGGCAGAGGAUGCGGAUGCUGAACAGCAGCUAAUUGCUUCAUAUAAGUAUGAAGGAGCCACAACCAACAUCCACCCUUAUCUUUCUGCCAUGGUGAACUACGCCCAGCCGGUCAAGUUCCAGAGCUUUGAGAUUGCAGAGGAGAAAAAUAUCCAUCACAACAUGUCGUCCUUUAAUGAGUCUGUUGGUCUCGGCUACCUAAAAACCAACGCCAUUGAGUUCGUGAACUACAACAAGCGUCAGAUGAGCCGGAUCUACCCCAAAGGAGGCCGUGUGGACUCCAGUAAUUACAUGCCUCAGAUCUUUUGGAACGCUGGGUGCCAGAUGGUGUCUCUGAACUUUCAGACUCCAGAUUUGGCUAUGCAGCUGAACCAGGGGAAGUUCGAGUACAACGGUGCGUGUGGGUACCUGUUGAAGCCAGAUUUCAUGCGGCGAUCUGACAGGAUGUUUGACCCGUUCUCUGAGACGCCAGUGGACGGUGUCAUCGCUGCCACCUGCAGUGUUCAGGUGUUCUCAGGUCAGUUUUUAUCUGAUAAAAAGAUUGGCACUUACGUAGAAGUGGACAUGUACGGCCUUCCCACUGACACCAUCCGCAAAGAGUUCCGCACCCGCAUGGUGAUGAACAACGGCCUGAACCCAGCCUACAACGAAGAGCCUUUCGUUUUCAGAAAGGUCAUCCUACCUGAGCUGGCUGUGCUGAGAAUUGCAGUGUAUGAUGAUAAUAAUAAGUUGAUUGGUCAGAGGAUCCUGCCGCUGGAUGGCCUGCAGGCUGGCUAUAGACACAUCUCUUUGAGAAAUGAGGGCAACAAACCGCUCUCUCUACCCACCGUCUUCUGCAAUAUCGUCCUCAAGACCUACGUACCUGAUGGCUUCGGGGCUAUUGUGGAUGCUCUCUCAGACCCAAAGAAGUUCCUUUCCAUAGCAGAGAAGAGAGCAGAUCAGAUGAGAGCUCUUGGCAUUGAAACGAGUGACAUUGCAGAUGUGCCAAACGAAAUGUCCAAGAACGAUAAGAAGGGCAAAGUGAAUCAGGUGAAGGCGAGCGUGACGCCUCAGACCAGCUCAGACAUGGGUCAGACCUACAGCACCACUCAGAACAACAGCUCUGAAAACAAGAAAGAUUCUGCUUUGGUGAAUCAGGUGACCAUUGAAGACCUGAAACAGAUGAAGACCUAUGUUAAACUGAUAAAGAAGCAGCAGAAAGAGCUGAACACAUUGAAGAAAAGACAUGCAAAGGAUCACAAUGCCAUGCAGAAAUCCCAUUGCACCCAAGUGGACAAGAUGGUGGCUCAGCAUGACAAAGAGAAAUUUACACUGGAGAAGCUGCUAGAGAAAGCAGUAAAGAAGAGAGGAGAAAACAACUGCUCUGACUUAAAGAAGGAGAUUGCAGUAAAAGUGGAGACCCUCACAUCAGAUCACAAAGCAAAGGUAAAGGAUAUCGUAGCCCAGCAGACGAAGGAGUGGUCUGAGAUGAUCGACUCUCACAGCACGGAGGAACAGGAGAUGAAGGAUGCGCAUGUGACGCAACAGUGUGAGCAUCUGAAGAAACUACUGUCCACCGUCCAGGAGCAGCAAACUCUGCAGCUCAAACUUAUCCAUGAACGACAGAGCAAAGAAAUGAAGGCUAAUCAGGCCAAGACGUCCAUGGAGAACAGUAAAGCCAUCAGCCAGGACAAGAGCAUUAAAAACAAGGCUGAGAGGGAAAGGAGAGUGCGGGAACUGAACAGCAGUAACACAAAAAAGUUCCUUGAGGAACGAAAACGGUUGGCUAUGAAGCACUCAAAAGAAAUGGAGCAGUUGCAGAAAUCACAGCGUGAGCAGCUGGAGAAACUGGAGAAAUUCAACGAGCAGCUUUUGAAAUCACAUCAUGCAAACUCUCAGAGUCAAGGCCAAGGACAUGCAGCAGAUGGUGAAGCUGGAGGCGGAGAUGGACCGCAGACCAGCCACAGUGGUUUAGCCGCUCCGGCCGUCAACUGAGUAACGGAGAGAGACUCCUUCUCUACACCACCAUCCUCAAAUCCCUUGUUCUGUAAAUUCCAUAAACUCUGAACACUUCUUCUUCUACUCCUCAUAGUCCUCGACUACUCUGAGCCUCCUGUCGACCUUUUGUGGAUCUGUAGGAACUCCAUCAAGCAUGGAACGAAGAAUAUGGCUCCACCCCUAAUAAAAUUUCCUCCGUUGCUCCCUUUUGCCCAGCUCCUCCCUUCUGCCUAUUUCCAACCAGCCCCUAACGUCGACCUCUGUCUGUAUUCUGUCCUCACUGCUGAGGUGCUCCUUCUGCUAGUUCUUCUGCAGGAUCUAGGCCGAUGGUGGACGCUCACACAGCAGUGUUUUUCUGCCAUUGCCAGUGCUCACAGUAUGAAUCAGAGCCCAUUCCUGUGGCUCAAGACGGACAGAACUCAAAGUGGUCUUUAUAAGCCUUUUAAUUUAUGUCUCAGUGGUACUAGAUUAUAGUAGCAGCACCAGGCAUAUAAAGGCAUAACUGAAAAGAUUUUAGUUGUGUUCUUUGUCAGCACAAAUUUGUGAAAACAAGUUGAGAAAAAUAUCCUGAGCACUUUAUCUGUGAUAGGCUGUCAGAGAAAUUUGUAGCAGUGCACUCGGUUAUACCUGUGCAAAGAAUAAACAGUCAAAUGUCCAAACACUGUAUUGAGGUUGAAAAGGUCUGAUGUGAAUGAAACCAAACAAAGCAGACAACGUAGUAGUUCUUAUACUUUUUUUUUUCUUAUGAAAUGCAUUGCUUCGUUUUUAAGACUUUAAUUCUAUUUCAUUUAACUCGUUAUCAGGUAAAGAUUGUUUGUUUUAGCAAUCUUUCAGCAAUGUUUGGUCUGAAAUACCACUAUGACCACUAUGUUUUGUGUUUGCAGACACAUUUUGACACUGUACUUGUACCUGUUACACUGUUUGUUUGUUCACACUUUUACAUGUAGUGAGAGUUAUGGGGUUGACAUUCCAUGAUGGACCCGGAUACCCAUGUGAUCCGAAUAACAAGGGACAAAAGGUUUCCAUGCACUACAGGAAAUUUGUUUGGAAAUCAUCAAUUUGCUCCCAGCACUCAACAAUCAAAAAUUCAUUUGGCAACAAUCACUGAAACUGGCUGAGUGCAAUGAAGAUUAAGUGGAUUUAAGGAAGAGGUGCUAGUUAGCAAAGGCUCAUACUUUUAAUACUUGAGCUGUAAUCUUGUAGUCCAGUCAUAUAACUUAGUUCCUCUUGUGUAAAAAAAAAAGGCAGCUCCUGCUUUGGGUUCUGAAGCAGGCGACACAUCAGUCUUCACUUACCAAAACAUAAAAAUGUUUGCCUUCAGCAAUAGGAUAGGCCACUGCAGUGAAAUCCAAUGCCACUAUGUUUUGCUCUUAAUAAACAAUUUCCUGUUAAAAUCAGAUAGUAAUGAAAGUAUAUUGUAUAUAGUGGAACGUACGAAUGUAGUUCAUUUAACCAGAGGAUUUAUCAGUACGCUUAUUACUCAAGGGCUCUGGGAUAGCGUGUACAUGUUUGUUAUGGGAAUGUGACCUAAAACCACUAAGUUAUUUUCUUUCCUUUUUUCCAAUCUUUAAAAUCAAGACUGGUACCUAUAUUGUGCUUUCACUACAUAUCUAUUAUGGAAUAAUAAGCAAAGUGCUUUUAAACUUAAAUCCAUUGCUUACAAAUGUGCCACUUGAUGUCUGUUAGGAUGUUUAAAUUAUUUUACAAAUGGAAAAUGCCAAAAUAAGGGGUUAUUUAUAUACAGAUAUAUAAAUAUAUAUAAAUAUAUAAAUAUACAUAUUAAUAAAUAUAAUGUGUAGUUUAAGAAUAUAUUUCAUGUUAGAGGCUUUUUGCACUAGUUGGCUGUACUUUCAUGUAGAUUUUUUGCUAUACUGUUUGCAGAGAAAAAAAUUAUUUUGCAGAACAAUGUCGCUUUGAAAUUCAUCGGUUUGUACUGUUUUUGUUUUUUUGGUUUUUUUUUUGGUUUUUUUUAGCUAUCUGCAGCUAGUCAAUGGACCAUUCUGUGGGUGUUUUUGUAUUUAUAUUGUAUUUGUCAAACUUCUAGCAAUGGGAACUACUAAAAAAAUACUGUUGUUAUCCUGCUACUUUAAUACUGUUUUAUAGUAUGUGUACCAAUAAACUAUACAGGUGUUAAAUGAAA